AUGGAGGAUCAUGGGCUCGCGUUACAUCGCGCGUUCCAUGAGAAAGCUUUGGCAGUUGCACCUACAGCUGAAAGAGCACCGGGCGAAUUUUGGGCAGCUGUGCUUGAGCCUGAUAAGAAUGCCUCGAACUUGAAUUCGGAAAAUGUGCAUUGGUUCAAGGUCAAAGGCAAACACACUGUUGCGAAAGUACAAAAAGCAUUUCACAAGAAAUGCGGGGUUAUGGUUUUACUUCACCAAGGUCAUCACAUGGUACCGUUGACAAGCCAGAUGCAACAAAUCAAUCAUUUUAAUGAUAGAUUUAUCAUUUUUUGGAGUACAAAAGCUGCUUCUGGCGAUAACGUCUCUGACACCAGACGAACGCCAUUACAAUCAAUCGAUGAUGCAACACAAAAUCGCAUGCAAUCUGCAUCUGAAACACCCAAAAAAUUGAGGCCCGACCCUGAACCAACACUGGUUACGGUGAAGGCAGAACCAGUUGUCUCAACUAUCUUUCCAAGCCCCUUCAACACGCCUGCCAUCUCCCGCUCAGUGUCUGAAGUUGGACAGUUUCCAACCCCUAGACCUUUAGGAUCAGGCUCAACUCAACUAAGUGCACCUGCGUCAGAACCCACUUCUGGUUAUAAGGCGUUCGCUGACGCUCAUCGUAAAAACUACUGGGAAUCCAAAGGUACACCUGCUUCAAUCGAGACUGAUUUGAUGGUGUCAUGGGCUGUGUUAACGCCCGCAUCGCGCCAAUUCUGGGAAUCGAAAGCUCGGAAGAAUGGCAACAAUACACCCUCACCGGGCAAUUCUUCUGCGUCGAAUCCCCUCCUAGGUUUCGAGUCCUUUGCUGAAAUACAUCGUGGGAACUACACAAGCUCAAGCGCAACACCCGCUGAAAUCGACUCCUCUCUGCGCAGGACCUGGGAUAAAAUGCCAGCUCAAGCCCGUGAGUACUAUUCAACAAAGGAUGUCCAGAAGUCGAAUCUUCCCAUAGCAAAUUACGGCCCUCCCUCGCCUAAACAUGCUGUUGAUACAAAGCACCUUUCAGAAACUCCCGGUAUCUCAGCCAAUGGCCCUCGUGCCCCCAUGGUCGAAGAUGAAACCAUAAUGGAGCCCGUAGAUGACGACUUGGCGACAAAAAAUGAAAAUGGAAGCCCAAAACCAGAACCACAGACUGUCGAACUCGCAAAGCUUAGACUUCAAAAACUCAUGGAUGAUAGCUCACCAGAAGUAUUAGAAGAAGAGGUAAAGAAAACAAACGAUUUCCUCAAUGGCUUAAAAAAGCAUCUCCAAGUACCGGAAGCUCAGGGAAACCAAGACAUAAGCCAUUGGCUGCAACAAAUCGAAACUUUACAAGCCCAGGUUGUUGACACACCUACAAUUAUUGGCGUCGUUGGAAAUACGGGUGCAGGUAAGAGUAGUGUAAUUAAUGCCAUGCUUGAUGAAGAACGCCUAGUGCCCACCAAUUGUAUGCGCGCUUGCACCGCCGUUGUUACAGAAAUUUCAUGGAACUCUAGCGAUGACCCGAACGAGAAGUAUCGAGCAGAGAUUGAGUUUAUCCAAGAAUCUGACUGGGAGAAAGACCUUGCACUUUCUCUGAACGAGUUGAUUGAUGUUUCUGGCAAUCUGGAAUUGCAUAUGCCAAGAUCAAGGCGGGGAAUCUACCCUAACAAAACGCAUGAAACGCUAGCGAAAUCUACCGUUGAGGAGCUUCUAGCCGAAUUCGAUUUUCGCAAAGUUCUCGGAACUACUAAAAGCAUAGAGAAGUCCUCUCCAGAAUUUUUCUACAAGGAACUUCAACGUUAUGUUGACAGCAAAGAAAAGUCUACCAAAGAGAAAGGCAAAUCUAGUGAGAAGAAGAAAGAGAAGAAGACUAUGGAAUUUUGGCCCUUGAUCAAAGUUGUGAGGAUCUUUGUAAAAGCCGAUGCUCUCUCCACUGGAGCUGUUAUUGUCGACUUGCCUGGUGUUCACGACUCAAAUGCAGCUCGCGCCGCUGUGGCAGCUGGCUACAUGAAACAAUGCACCGGUUUAUGGGGUUGUGCGCCUAUUAAUCGAGCAGUCGACGAUAAAGCUGCGAAGUCUCUAUUGGGAGAAUCGUUUAAACGCCAACUCAAGUAUGAUGGGCAAUUCUCGAGGAUUACGUUUAUAUGCUCCAAGACUGAUGAUAUCUCGGUCCUUGAAGCUUCAGAUUCUUUGGGUCUUGAAGAAGUUAUGACAGAAGAUUAUGCAAAGAUUGACCAAAUUGACAAAGAAGUUGAUAAACUUAAUGCAAACAUUGCAGAAUUAAAAGAAAGCAUGGCUGUGUAUAAUGAUGUCUAUCACGAUGCAGACGAGAGCCUAGAUAUUUGGGAUGAUCUGAGACGAGAUUUAGAUGCGGGUAAGACUGUUUACGCUCCCGAAGCUAAGCUUGAGAAAUCUCCCAAGCGAAAGCGAUCUUCUUCACCAAAGAAGCCACGCAAGAAGUCGAAGAAGUCCGAAUCCGAAGAUGAUGACGAUGAUUUUAUUGAUGACGAUGAGGAUGAGGAUCGGGAAGUAGAAGAUGAAGCUUCUGACAAUGAGACCGAAGAUGAGGAAGAAGACCUGGACAGAGGCGAACCUUUAACAAUCGAAGCUAUUGAACAAAAGAUUGACGAGCUCAAGGACACCAAAAAGAAAGCCCGUAAGGAAAAGGUUGCGAUUGAACUUGCAAUCAAAGAUGUCAAAAAUGAAUCGAAGGGGUUCGGUGCGGAAAGAAAGGAAAUUGAUACCAGAAUGAGAGCCAUCUGUAUUGAUGGUCGCAACAAUUAUUCAAAGACCGCUAUUCAGCAAGACUUUGCGACUGGUAUCAAGGAACUCGACAUGGAAAAUGCUGAAGAGGAAGAUGCCGAAAACUUCAACCCGGAUGAGGACAUCAGAGAUUAUGACGCCGUGGCUCGGAGUCUUCCAGUGUUUUGUGUUAGUAGCAGAGCCUAUCAGCAGUUGAAUGGAAGAUUGAAAAAGGACGCUAAAAUCCCGGGCUUUCGUAAUGUCCAGGAAACCGAGCUUGUGUUGUCCUUGUCCUUAUGGUCCAACAAUGAUGAAACCAAUGUCAAUCUUUCAGAUUCGCAAAAGGCCAUGGAGGCGCGCUGGCUUCAGAAAAACGUAAAGGAAUUAGAGGAAAGCCUCGAUAAGGCUGUAGGAAAGUGUGUUAAGGAAAUGAAAGACGCUCUGACCGAGAAUAUUUUCGAAAAGUUCAGCGAAGUGAUCCCUUUGGCUGCGGACCAGGCCCCUGGAAUUGUUGCGAAAUGGGGCUCCCCCGUCAACAAAAUGGAUCGUGCAGCCGGCGGUUUGCAUUUCCAGACGUACAAGGCCGUUACUCGUAGAGAUGGUGUUUAUGGAAACAAGAGUGGAACAUAUGAUUUUAACAGCGACUUGACGGAGCUAAUCAUGAAAUACCUGGCAAGCCAUUGGGAGAAGAAUUUUUCCCGAAGACUUCCCUCUGUAUUGCGUAGUUUCACUACAAAUGCCAAUCUGAUUCUGAAAAAGUUUCAUCAGGCAGUUGAGAGUAGAAGCGUCAAAAAUGGUUCUGGAAUUGCUGGCUUGUCAAUGCUGUCUCAACAACUCCGAACUUACGAAGCAACUUUCUCCAUCUUAACCACGGAAAUGGUCGAAGCUAUUAACAAUCUUCAACGUGAUGCCAAUCGAGAGUUUGUGCCUGUAAUAGCUAGGAGCUUGGCACCUUCUUAUCAAUACUGUGCUAAUGAAAAGGGAGCUGGCAUGUACAUGCGCAUGAAAGGCCAUAUGCGUGCUCAAAUUGAUCAGAAACGCAACUUUAUGUUCAAAGAAUGCUGUGAUGAAGUCAAGACAAGUCUUAAUAAGAUGUGUAGACGAGUCGAAGAGAGCAUGAACAACAAGACCGAUGAAGUUUAUUUGCUUCUGCGUAGGGACUAUUUGCAGGUCCUCAAUGAUGCUCAAGUUGGUGGGGAAGUAAUGCCAAAAUGGGAACGUCACAUGAGAUUGCAAGUUGCUCGUGCAUUGGAGACCUAUGAAAAGGAUGAAGCAGAGAAGGUUCUCAAUAGCGUGAAGGAUGAAAGAUCUGAAGAGACUGAAUUUUUGAAAGAGGAUGAGGCCAUGAAGGAUGCUAAAGCCGAAGAGCCAGUUGGUGGAAAGGGCGAUGAACUUGCCGAAGGCAGUGCAGCUCAGGAUGACGAACUUGACGUUGGUGCCGAAGGAAAUGAUGCAGCAGAGGCAGUUGCUGUCAAAAAUGAGCAACCCACGGAUGCAGAGACCCGCGAUAACGAGGAGUCUGAAACUCAUCAAGAAGCUCCUGAAAUAGAAUCUUCUAAAAUGGAUGUUGAUGCUUCAGCUGCUGAAGUUUCUUCUGCUAGUCUUCCUCCUGCCGAAGUUACCCCAACAGAAGCUGUCUUGGCCGAAGCUACUCCGACCGAAAGUACUUCGACCGAAACUUCUGAGCUCCCUUCCGCCUAG